UUACAUAUUUCGAUAAAUUUCGAUAGUGUCAGAAAAUAUCGAAAGCUGUUUGUCCCUUUCCCUGAAUCAAACUAGUAAUGAAUUGCGCAGGUGCACAUUUCGUAUCCAAUCCCGUUAGUCGUGUACUUGUUUGAGUACAUAAAGGUACAGGUACGCUAACUAGUUUAGUAUCAGUUUGACAGUGUUGAAAGCAGAGCAGUAAAUUUUGAAGCCGAAAAGAUGUCUUUAGACCAUCUAUAUGAAUUCAACUUCGAAAAGUUGUACAACGAUUGUACAGAAAGGGGUAUAACAUUCGAAGAGGAUUGCAGCGUAUGUUUGAGCAGAUUAACAGGAGAAUUGUACCUUACGGACUGCAGACAUUCAUUCCACAAGGAGUGUAUCGACAGGUGGUGCUCCAGUUCCGAAUGUUGUCCCAUGUGCAGGACAAAUUUAGUUUUCGAAGAAACCUGCAGUAUCUUCGAUACAAAUUGGAAACCUGUCAAUAUCCAUCGGUUCGAUAAGAUGGACAGUGAUGAAGAAGAUGAUGAGAGUGGAGAAGAUGAUGAGAGUGGAGAAGAUGAUGAGAGUGAAACUGAAGAAGAAAAAGAAGAGAAUGAAGGAGAAAACGAAUGCCAAACCGAGUGCCAAACCAACGAGGAAAAUUAAUUUUACAUCUCUGUUCGACACAACCUGUAACAUUUUUGAGAGAAAUAAAUCA